GUCGGCGAUACGCCCUCACCGCGGCGCACACAGUGUACUGCCGAUCGUUGGUACCAUAGGUCACGUGGCGGUCCUGCGAGUCUAUCCCGUUUCGCGCGUAUUAUCGUUUUUGUCGGCACACAUUUUUUCCCUCCCGACGACAAAACUAUAUAAUAGUUCAUCACGACAACCAUUAUGAUGGCAUACGGAUGACGAGAACCGCGAACGAAACGCGGCGCACACGUAUUUUUUUUUAAAUAACACAUAACACAGUUUACCGGCGAAUCGCAAAGGAAAAACAUAUUUUAACUAUAUAAUCGGGCAUCGCGGACAAACAACAAGCGAAUGGUAUGAUGACCAUGAUGUACGGUUCGGAAAAAAUGAUGGCCGGCAAACCGCCGCUGCCGAUUACGGCCACGGGACCGUGUUUCCCUGGAAGGUACUCACCGACUUACCGGAAUUCCACCGAUCCCAUGCGAAGAUGUAUGACCAACCCUUCGAGCCGGAUCCUAGAGGAUGCGUCCUCAUUCAUGUGCAACACCUGGUCUCCACGACACAAUGGUGAUAUAUUCGGUGGUCUGAAUGAUGGCCUACUCAGUCGAGCAGAAGUUUUGGCUGCGGUAGAUAUGGGCAAACAUCACCAUCACCAUAAUCAUCAAUCACCUGGGCCUGGUAAUGGGAACGGCGGAGGCCAAGGCAACGGUUCACUAGGGCCAGGAUCAACAGGUUCGCCAGGUCCAUUAACUCAGCUCAAACAUGAUGUCAUGUCACCAUAUCACCACCAUCAUGGGAUGGGUGGCCACUCAGGGGGCCAAGCAAAUCACCGAGGCCAUCAAAUGCAUCCAGGAAUGGACGGUCUCGAUCUACUAGAACCUAUUUCGUCGUCGACAAUGACCACACUCACUCCAAUGUCCGACGGGUCCGGCCACGGCCCUCUACACCCUAGCGUGUACGGCGCGGGCAUGAUGACCGGCCAUCACCACCAUCACCCUCAUUCGGGUACCGGCCCGAACGGCCAUCCACAUCACCACCAUCACCAUCACCAUCACCACGCAGCCGCAGCGGCCGCGGCGGCGGCGGCGGUCGGCAUGAUCGGCGCCAGCGGCGGAGCUGGGCUACAGCACCCCGACACGGAUACAGACCCGCGAGAGUUGGAAGCGUUCGCCGAGCGUUUCAAGCAGAGACGAAUCAAAUUGGGCGUAACGCAAGCCGACGUGGGCAAAGCGCUUGCCAACCUCAAACUGCCCGGCGUGGGCGCUCUGUCGCAGAGCACCAUAUGCCGGUUCGAAUCGCUCACGUUGUCGCACAACAACAUGAUUGCCUUGAAACCCAUCCUCCAAGCGUGGCUGGAGGAAGCGGAGGCGCAAGCGAAAAACAAGCGACGGGACCCUGACGCGCCCAGCGUGUUGCCGGCCGGCGAGAAGAAGAGAAAGCGCACGUCGAUAGCAGCGCCCGAGAAACGGUCUUUGGAGGCGUACUUUGCAGUACAACCGAGGCCGUCCGGUGAAAAAAUAGCCGCUAUUGCUGAAAAGUUAGACCUGAAGAAGAACGUUGUCAGGGUGUGGUUCUGUAACCAGAGGCAAAAACAGAAACGCAUGAAGUUCGCCGCUCAGCAUUGACUGUCUAGCAGCGACUUCAUGUUGACCCCUUCCUAAACAUGUGCUCAUUGAAAUGCAUAAUAAUAAAUAUUAUCAUAAAGUAACGGUUUUAAUGAUCAUCCUUCAAAUGGAAUGAAGAUUAGAUCAGUGACUAGUUCGAUCAUAUUAUUUUAUUUUCUCGAUGUUAAAUGAGUUUAGUACUCCGCUAUUAUUGUAUCAUGUACUUUAAUUUAUAUAUUCUUGCUGCCGAAAAAAGGAUCCAGUAUAGUCUUACAACUAGUAAAAUUAUAUUUUACAUUUUUUUAAGAAAUUUGCAUGAUUAUGUUCCUUCAAACAAAACCAAAAAUAGUUUUAUUCCGCAUAAAUCCUCGAGUAAGAAACUUUCAGUUAUAGAACCAUAAACACCGUUGUAAUUUUAUAAAUUAAAAAAAAUAUA